AAUUAACUUGAUUAAAAACCCGCCAAAGUAAAGUAUAUUGAUUUCCCGAAUGGCCAAUUAUUUUCCGUCGACCAAACAUCCGAUCAAAGCAAAUUCGAUGAGUAUAUUAAAGCGCAAAGUUUACCCGAGCUUUAUUUUAAGUCCUUCAACACCUGCGAUAUUCUGAAUAAAACAUUAGGAAGCAGUUCAUAGGCCACACGGUCUUUUUUCCAUUUCGUUUUUCUUUUGGCAGACAUGAACGCAACUGAAAAUGCACUUACUAUGUGUAACGUAACGACGACGCAGGAAGAAUGCAAUAUCGUGUCAAAUUUGAGUGUCGAACAGAGGUUUAGGAACGCCUGGCCCGUGAAUGAUUGGAAGCCGGGCUUUUUCCUUGAGGAUCACAUACGGGACAUAAACAGACACUGGUUGAAGUUUGAUCCGCCGCCAUAUUCCCAAUACGUAUUUUUAGCCGUUCUGUAUACCGCAAUUAUGCUUGUUGGAAUUUUGGGCAAUUGUCUUGUGGUGUAUAUGUUUGUGAGAUGUAAACCAUUGCGAACUGCUUCUAACACGUUGGUGGUUAACUUGGCAAUAAGUGAUCUUUUGAUGAUGUCAAAAAUGCCGGUGUUCGUCUAUAACUGCAUGUAUAGCGGACCCAUUUUAGGAAACAUUGGUUGCCAGUUUUAUGGGUUUUUGGGUGGCCUGACGGGCACGGUCUCCAUAAUGACCCUUAGCGCAAUCUCGCUGGAUCGAUUUCUUGUGAUUAAGUAUCCCUUCAAGUUAAAGUAUACGAAAAUGCGUAUAAAGAUUUGUUUGGUAUUCUGCUGGUGUUAUGGACUAUCGUUUUCCGUUAUCCCACUUCUGGAUAUCGGGUUCGGAAAGUAUCAGUACGAAGGCUUUCUUACGAGUUGCAGCUUCGAUUACUUGAGCGAAACCCGAGCUGUUCGGUAUUUUAUACUAGCUUAUUUUACGGCCGCAUUUAUCGUGCCAAUGAGCGCUAUAACAUUUAGCUACAUCGGCAUUGUCAAAGUGGUCGGGUCAAGAUCAAUUGGAUCAAAACGAGAAUCAUUCCGUCAUGUCACAGAAGAAGACAAGCACAAACAGGAACUGAAGUUAGCGGUGGUAGUUCUCCUGGUAAUAUUUCUGUGGUUUUUUUCUUGGACUCCGUACGCAACUGUGGCGCUCUUAGGAGUAUUCCAUCAAAAACAGUUUAUUACUCCUGUCACCUCUAUGAUACCAGCUUUAUUCUGCAAAAUGGCUAGUGCCGUGGAUCCCUUUUUCUACGCGGUGUCGCAUCCCAAGUUCCGCCUGGAAUUACAAAAAAUGUUUUGUAACAAUUCGGAAGCGAAACGUCGAAAGAAACAAAAAGUCUGGUCUACCCGCCAUAUGAAAAGGGAUCGCUUUCAAAGCAAUCGUACAAUCAGUUCGGACGUUGAAGAAGAUAUCGUCGAAAUCGAACUCACCCAGAACAAAAAAAAUUUCGAGAUUGAGGGACGUAACUGAAUAAUAUAAAGAAUAAAACAUAUGCAUUAGUCUAGCGCUCAGUAACAAAGUUUAUAUUUUUAGGAAAUUUUCUAGAAACAGACGUUCCAAGUAACAAAUUUACUUGCUUCAACAAAAAGCAGAAGUAGAUUGAUGUGAUUGAUUCAUUUAGAAGAGUGUAUUUAUGCCUUUUGA